UAUCGCCUCAAGUCAAAUUACUCAGAGUCGAUCGUUUCAUUUUCUCAUCACAUUCUUUUGUUCAAAACCUUUGCUCACCUCCAUGGCUCCUAUUGCUGUCGGCGAUGUUGUACCAGAAGGAACUAUCUCCUUCUUUGACGAGAAUGACCAGCUUCAGAGCGUGUCUGUUCACACUCUCGCCGCUGGUAAGAAGGUCAUUCUCUUCGGCGUCCCUGGUGCUUUCACUCCCACAUGCAGCAUGCAGCAUGUGCCUGGAUUCAUCGAGAAAGCAGAGGAGCUGAAAUCAAAGGGUGUUGAUGAGAUCAUUUGCUUCAGCGUGAACGAUCCGUUUGUGAUGAAGGCAUGGGGAAAGACAUACCCAGAGAACAAGCACGUGAAGUUUGUGGCAGAUGGUUCAGGAGAAUACACACAGCUUCUUGGACUCGAGCUUGACCUCAAGGACAAGGGUCUUGGUGUUAGGUCAAGGAGAUUUGCUCUGCUUCUCGACAACCUCAAGGUUACUGUGGCCAAUGUUGAGUCCGGUGGAGAGUUCACGGUUUCCAGCGCUGAUGAUAUCCUCAAGGCCCUCUAAGAAACUUUUAUCAUUUUGCUUGUUUUUAUUUCUGUACGUGUUGAAUCUCUACCCUGAUUUCAGACAAGAGACUUGCCUAAUAAAACGGUUUGAGUUGAUUAUCUCCC